AUGGCAGCUACAACUCAGCGCGGCGCAUACUCCUCCAUCUUUGCCUCGGGCCUCCUUGCUACUCCUCGUGCCCACUCCAACUCUCCACCUCCCUCGGUGUCGCCCAUGUCCGUCGACCUCACUAUGGACUCGACCCCAACUCGCCCGUCGCCCAACCACACUCCCACCGCAUCCACUUCUUCCUCUCUCACUCCCACCCCCACCAGCACAACAAGCGACGUGUUCGGCGAAGUCAUCAACCGUUCCCGUUCAUCUAGCACCGCAAGCACCGCUUCCUCAGUCACCAACACCAAUGCCAAUGGUCCUCCGCGUUUCCGUCGUCGCAGGAGCAGCCUUACCGUUCAGACCACGGCCAUGGGCAACAUCAAGUCUCCCUUGAACAAUGCGGGCGCCGCGUUGCAGAGGACGGCUAUCGCAAUGAUGAGCCCUUCAGGUACGCGGUCGAGGAGUGGGACCGUUAGCAGCGAUGUUGCUGCGAUGACGCUCUCGGAGCCUCCGGCGUCAGCAGAUUCCACGCUGAAAGGAAGGGGCAGGAGUGGCAGCUUGGGCGACGCGCUUCGCUCAAGGCGCAACGUCCGUCAAGCCCGUCCUCCGCCUCCGUCCGCUCCCCUCCCGGCUCUUCCCCCUCUCCCACCCCUGCCACCGAUGUCCUCUCACCAGCCUACCGUCUCCCACUCUCAUGAUAUCUCCCACUCGCCUUCGCACUCUUAUCCACUUCCUAUUCGCCGGCCCUCUGUCAGUCGAUCACUCACGUCUGAAUCUUUUGGGUCUUUUGGGUCUGGUGGGAUUGAGAAUAGGAUGAUGGCGUGA